GUCCCGUCCCGCCGAGCCGGCCGGUGAAGCCGGGGCUAGAGGGCCCGGUGCGGCCCUCGUCGCCAUGGCGACGGCGCGGGGCCGCUGCCAUGGCGGAGAAGGAGGGGAACGGCGAGGAUGGCGCAGUAGCUGAAAUUGAGAAGAAGAUUAUAGAAGCUUUUGAGGUGUUUGACCAUGACUGCAAUAAAACUGUGGAUGUCAGAGAGAUUGGUUCAAUUGUCAGGUCACUGGGUUGCUUCCCAACUGAGGCAGAACUUCAUGAACUGCUUGCAAAGGUGGAAGAAGAAGAAGAACCAACUGGAUAUAUUCAUCUGGAAAAAUUUCUUCCAGUGAUGACAAAAGUUCUUCUCGACAGAAGCUACCGGCCUAUUCCAGAAGAUGUUCUCCUACAUGCAUUUGAGGCUUUAGAUGAGAAUAAAUGUGGAUAUCUUACUAAAGACGAGCUGGUAAAACAUAUGACUGAAGAAGGUGAACCCUUUACUGAGGAAGAAAUGGAGGAGAUGCUCUCCAAUGCUCUAGAUCCAGAAACAAAUACUGUUCACUACAGAGAUUACAUUUCAAUGAUGAUAGUAGAUGAUCCUGAAGAUCUUCCCCAGUAAAGUUUGAGAUGCUGUUUGGUAACAGCAAUGUAACUUGACAUUUGGUUGAAAUUUGAAGUGUAACAAAGCUUAACUUGUGACCUUGUGCUUGUAAUUAAAAUAAAAUCUGUGUAGUUAUAUUUCCUUGGUUCUGUAUAUGUACUGAAAUAUAUUCACACUUGGAAAAAGAGCUCUUGACAGAAAUAUUGUGUAAGGUCUGGAAAAGAAAUCACAGAGUUUGAUUUGAAAAAUAACAGGAAAAAUAAUGUUAAUGGAGUCAAGAAAUGUCCUUAAAAUUGCUUCUGAAAAAAACUAAUGGAAAAGUGAGACUGGGAAAGUGGGUAAUAAGUAGGUAAGUGAGUACCCUAAGAUGACUGAAAUUAUGAAAUCAUGCUACUAAGAUAAAACUUUUCUAUCUAAAGGUAGGCCCUGUUUAUGUUUAACUAAUGAGGCACUGGGUAGAUUACUGCUUUUAAAAUAAUACUGCAGAUCAAAUAAACUUUCUAUAGUU